AUGCCACCAAGACAACCUUUAAAGGGCUUCUUAGCUGCCGCCCGAUCUGCCUUGACGGCGCCUCCAACCCAGAGAUCAGGGCCUCUGACCUUCGUCAUUGGGAAUGAAUCCGCAGAUCUCGAUUCUCUCUGCUCCGCCGUCGUCUUGGCAUAUCUUCGCUCCAACUCAUCGCCUCACUCCCUACACAUCCCCCUCUCCAACAUCCCCAGGUCUGACCUCAUCCUGCGAACAGAGAUGACGGCCGUCUUAGAGCGCUCUGGACUCUCUCCCGCCGACAUUCUUACGCUGUCCGAGCUACCUGAUCUGAAGCCCGAAGACACGCGCUGGUUUCUCGUGGACCACAACGCCUUGACGGGUAAACUGCAGAAAUUUCAGUCCCGGGUCAUUGGCUGCAUUGACCACCACGUCGAUGAGGUGGUCACCAGCCGCGAUGUCAAGCCGCGUCUCAUCGAGCCUUGCGGAAGCUGCAUGAGCCUCAUCAUCGACGAGUCCCGCACGGCGUGGGAUGCGUUGCCCUCUUUGGAGACUGAAGACGCUACCGUCGCUGAGGACGAUAACCUUGCGAAGCUAGCUCUUGCGCCUAUUCUCAUAGACACACUUGACUUACAGGAGGAGCACAAAGUAAAGCCAAAAGAUAUCAGUGCAGUGGAAUACCUCCAUACAAAAAUUCAGUCUCAUCAAUUUAGCCAAACCAAUUUCUUCCAGGAAAUCACAGCUGUAAAGGAAGACAUCGCACAGCUCAGCUUCUACGACAUUUUCCGUAAAGACUAUAAAGAGUGGGAAGAAUCAGGCCUCAAACUGGGCAUCAGCUGCGUCGUCCAAGAUUUCGACUACUUGCUCGAAAAGGCCAAGAAUCCCAGCGUCUUCAUCGACGAACUGGCUGCGUGGGCGAAAGAAAGGAAGCUCGACGUGGCAAGCGUCAUGACCACGGCAAAUCCAGGCGGGGAGUUCCAGCGUCAUCUUCUGGUUUGGGGAAUGACGGAUAGAGGAGUGGUUGCCACGAAUAACUUCCCAGCUAUUGCCAAGGGAUUGCAACUGGAACAAUGGAAAGAUGGGUUACUGGAUGGUGAUGGUGGUAAGAGAAAGGCGUGGAGACAGAAAGAUUUGUCGGCAAGCAGGAAGCAGGUUGCGCCAUUGCUUCGUGAUGCGUUGAAGAGCGUUGAUGAAGCCUCACAGUCACAGCUAUAG